CCAAGCGAUAAAGAGAGGAGAUCGCGAUAUGACUUGCUUGCAGAUUGCAUUUGCGAUUUUCUGUCUUCUCUCAAUUCAAGAUGUGGGCUGUAAAGGAGUGCCCAGAUCCUGCGAGGAUGUUUUAAGCCAUUAUGCCGGGACCGUAUUCAGGGAAGGUGUAUAUACCAUAGACCCUGACGGUCCAGGGGGAGUGGACUCCUUCCAGGUCAUCUGUACAACUAGAGAUGACUUACCUGGCCGUGGCGUCACUUUACUACCACCCGAAGAUGGUACAAACCAACAGCAUUACAAAGGUCCAGGAAAUUAUACACGAUACGCGUCAUUUAAGUACAGACUAACGGAAGAGCAACUUGAAAGUCUAACCCGUAUAUCAGGCAAAUGUCGCCAGUUUGUUCGAUUCCAGUCUCACCUCGCAUUCAAUUUUCACAGCAGUCCUUGGUGGGUUUCCCGCCAAGGAUGGGGCAUGACCAACUGGGGAGGUGCCCCGACCAAUAGCUCUAAAUGCGCAUGCGCGAUGCAGAACAGCUGUGACUAUCAAUGGGGGAACUGUAACAGCUACAUGACUACCUCUUCAUGGGUAGUGGACGAGGGAUAUCUUGAUGAUAAGCGCUACCUGCCGGUGAUGCAGGUGCCAAUAAGGGACCUGGACGAAGAUGGUGAGGAGGUGUAUCUGCUGGUGAAGUCGCUGGAAUGCUACGGAGGUGUAGGCGCUGCGACUGAAAAGACUUCUGAACGGUGCCAAUGUAGUCUUCAUGCUGAAGACCGAGGAACUACACCAGGGCCACUGCUUCUUCAGCUCCCGGACCUCCUUUAUGGGCAACGUCAAAAUGACCUCUCUCUCGAUGACGGCAACAAAAUCGUUAGAGUUACGGAUGUCUAUCCACAGUUCUUCCAAACUAAAAAGCGGCGUCAGAUGAACAAGGCCAGUCCCAGCACGACGGAUGUGUGCGUCAGUGUAUUACAACAGUGCCCCACGGACUGUGAACGCUUGGCAAGGCUAGCGCUUGGAUCGAACGGGUCGACCCUCGGUGAUUUAGUGUCCAGCGGAGGCAUGAAGAAACCCCGGGGGCAAGUCAUGUGCGAGAACGCAGAGAAAACAUUUCCACCCCCUGGUCGACGAAUUUUAGCCUUCUUUAAAACUGCGCCUGAAUGCCGAUCCGUCACGAGUUCAACUUACGUUUUCCCUCAUCCGUGGACAUUAUGUUGUAACGUAUAUUCGUUUGCCUACAACCAAGUUGUGAAGCUGUACAAUCCUAAAUGUGUUAGGGACAGCAGUUUUGGUCUAAGUGCUCUUUUUGGUUAAAGUGCAGCACAUUCAGUGAAAUUAAAUAGGCCUAUCUGCCACCUAAAGAUUAUUAUUAUUAUUAUUAUUAUUAUUAUUAUUAUUAUUAUU